AUGGUGCCCGCGGUUGCUCCCCCGGCCGCUGCUGUUCCUGAACCUGCUGUGGCCCCUCCGGUCUCUCCGGCUCCCCAGACUCCGGGCGGUGGUGGCGGUGGGAACCGCAAGUUCACCAAGGCGCCCAUUCGCGGCGCUACUUUUGCCUGCGUUGCUGCCUUGCCGCGCGCUCAACACAUGAGGGCUGGCGACUGGCAGACCAAGGGCUAUCGCAAGAUCUCCAAAAACGAUGGCAAUGCCCCCGUACUCAUCUGA